AUGGCACCUAGCAAAACCUCCAAAGCCAGCACCAAACCCUACGAGCGACCUUCCUCUUCUUCUUCCUCGUCUGCGAAGGGAAAAGGAAAAGCCAAAGCGACACCUUUGAACGAAGUGAAUAUAGGUGCUCCGUCCACUCUGGGUCAAUCCUCAAGGAAGGGCAAGAAAGCAUGGAGGAAAAAUAUCGAUAUCACGGUUGAAGAGGGGGCUUUGGAAAGAGGAAGGGAGGAAGAGAGGGUCACUGGUGGACCGGUCGCUCAGAAAUCGAACAAUGAUCUAUUCACUGUAGAUGUCACUGGUGAUGUUGAAGUUGGCAAAAAAGCAAGAAGAGCCCAUAAACCCUUGCGAUCCCUUUCAAUCCUCAACGAGAGAUCAGCGGUCCCAUCUCUGACUUCUAAACCUUCUUCCUCCGACACCAAAACCAAGGCGAAAUCGCAUAUAUCUUCAGCUGAGAAAGAACGAUUGAGGCGUAUUGCUAGACGAUCAGCCGUUCAUCCAGAUGACAGAAUCUCCUCAGCUGAUAUCCGUAAGAUUGAUCCAUCCGAAUUGACAAAAGACGUGUGGACCGAAACUCAAGAAGAAGAAACAGUGGUCAAAGGUGGAUUUGGGGAAGAGACUAUCAUUAAGAAAACCGUCAAAGUACCAACUACGUUAGCUAAAGCACGAGAGAUCUAUUUGAAUAGUCAAGUUGAAAAUGGGGUUCAUCUCGAGAUACCUCAAGGUGGAUUAUCUUAUAACCCCACUUUGGAAUCUCAUCAGUCCCUUAUCAACGAUGCUGUACAGGAGGAGAUUGAUCUACUGAAGAGGGAAGAAGAGCAACUGAAAAAGGUAGAGGAGUUGGGAGGGGUAGUGGAGAACAGGAGGAAUAAUUGGAUUCCAUCUGAAUUUGCGGAAGGUAUGGCAGUCGGUCCAGGUGAACUAUCUGACGAAGAUGACCAAUCGGAUGAUGAGGAGGGAGAAGUGGUGGUGAAGAAACAGAGUAAGAGGAAGACUACGGCACAGAGGAAUAAGGCAUUAAGAGCCAAGAUGGCUCAACAAGCUGCCAAAGCAGAAUUGGAAAAAAGAAAAUUACAUAAAUCGGUAUCGAGCGUUGCUGCCUAUAAGAGGGAAUUGGAGAAGAAGAUGAAAGAGCAAAAAGACAAGGAAAUGAUUGCGAAAUUGGCUAAAGCGCAGAAAGCAAAGAUGGGUUUACAAGAAGGUGAAAAAAUAGGUAAAUACAGAUUGAAUAAGAAGAGAGUGGAAGUUCAAUUAGGUGAAGAUUUGGCGGAAAGCUUAAGACAAGUCAAACCCGAAGGUAAUCUGUUCAAAGAUCGAUUCUUGGCUUUACAGAAAAGAGCUUUGAUAGAACCUAGAGUACCUGUUUUACCUAAGAAGAGAGUAACGAAAUUCAAGGAAUAUGAGAAACACGCGUAUAAGAGGUUUGAGUAG